AUGUUACCCUUGUAUAGAGCUUUAACUGUUUUCCUUGUUACUUUAGGCAAAUCUCUUAAUUUUGUUAUUUUUUGUUUAAAUUCUGCUAGUUUUCGUUCACGUUUAAUUAAUUUUGUUAAUUCAAAAAUUAAUCAAAAAAGGUGUUUUAUAUUAAUAAAAAAUAUAUUUAUAUUAUUUUUUUAA